UAAUAAUCGACAACUCCCCCACCCGCUCUUUUAUUUGCAGCAUAUCUCGUCUCUCUUCGCUCUUGUUCAUAAAAUUCAUCACAGAACUUGUCACUCGACGAAUCUUGCGAACGCGCCACUGCAACCAUGGCGAAGUCGCCGGUGGCGGUCGUCUGCGUCGGCAUGGCCGGCUCCGGAAAGACGACCUUCAUGCAGAGAAUCAAUUCCUACCUACAUUCAGAGAAGAAGAUACCAUACGUGCUGAAUUUGGACCCCGCAGUGCACACGGUCCCAUUCGAGAGCAACAUCGAUAUCCGUGAUUCGAUCAACUACAAAGAAGUCAUGAAACAGUACAACUUAGGGCCCAACGGUGGCAUCCUUACGUCCCUGAACCUUUUCGCUACAAAAGUGGAUCAGAUCAUAGCGCUGCUGGAGAAGCGAACGUCACCCGAUUCGACUACACCGGCCGGACGACCGAUCGAGCACAUCCUCGUCGAUACGCCAGGACAGAUCGAGGUGUUUGUAUGGAGUGCAUCGGGAAGCAUCUUGCUUGAGACGCUGGCCUCAUCCUUCCCGACCGUGAUCGCCUACGUGAUUGAUACCCCGCGGACGAGUUCGACCAGCACUUUCAUGAGCAACAUGCUCUACGCAUGCAGUAUUCUUUACAAGACCAAACUUCCGAUGAUCCUUGUCUUCAACAAGACCGACGUCAAGGAUGCCGAGUUUGCCAAGGAGUGGAUGACCGACUUUGAUGCAUUCCAGACAGCGCUGCGACAAGAGGAAGAGGCGGGUGUCUUUGGGGCGGAGGGAGGUACGGGAGGAUUUGGCAGCGGCAGCGGAUACAUGGGAUCGCUGCUGAACAGUAUGAGCUUGAUGCUGGAGGAAUUUUACCGCCAUCUCAAUGUCGUCGGGGUAAGCUCCAUGACCGGAGACGGUAUCGAUGAGUUCUUCGAGGCAGUGGAGGAAAAGCGCCAGGAAUUCGAACGUGACUACAAGCCCGAGCUAGAACGCAAAAGAAAAGAGCGCGAAGACGCCAAGGCGGCCCGACGCGAGCAAGAGCUGGGCAAACUUAUGAGAGACAUGAGCGUCUCCGGGGUUAGUCGUCCAUCGCAAACAGCGCGGGAUGAGGCGGAAACUGUCAGUGAGGCUGAAGACGAUGCCAUCGACUCGCGUGACACGAUUGGUGCUACGGACUCUGCGGACGAGGAUUCCGAGGACGACUAUAAUACAUCCGGAACAGGGGGAGACGAGGGCCUGUCACAGCGCUACCAGCAAGCUCUGGCCGGGUCGUCGUCGCAGGAUGAGAAAGACCACAGUUUUACCCGAUAUCUGCGUGCUAGUAAUAUCAAUCGAUGAUGCCAUAGUAUCGAUAAUCAGAGAGUUCGAUGGCUGAAGCUGUUGUGCCGCCGUUUAGCUUAGCGCUAUGUUCCGUUGUUUUUUUUUUUUUUUUUUUUUUUCUCUUCUUCUUUU